AUGUUCCCUGAAGAAUCCAGGCGCAAAGUGUUCGCCUGCGUGUAUCUAGGCUUCUUAAUCCCUUCGACGCCUCUUCUCAUCCUUGGGGCUGCUAUUGGAGGUGCCAUUCCAAAUGUUGAGUCGUGGCAAACAGCCUGGAAUGACUAUGGAAUAGGUGGAGUCAUGGCCGAAAUGCUUAAGCCAGCUGGUGGGUUCGGUAGAUUCGUUCUUGUCGUACUCGCCUUGAGUAUCGUGGGAAACAUGCUGCUGUCCUACUAUUCGGUCGCUUUGUGUUUACAGAUGCUCGUUCCUGUUUUCACCAAAGUGCCACGAUUUGUCUUCGUUAUCGUAACAUUGGCCAUCAUGGUCCCAAUGUCAAUAUAUGCGGCCGCACAGUGGGAGAAGUCUUUGGUGAAUUUUCUGUCCAUGAUCGGUUACUGGGCUGGGUGCUUCGACGCUGUAAUCAUCGAAGAGCUCGUAGUGUUCCGAAACAGAGACUACGGUUUGAUCGACCCCAAAUCAUGGAACCAAGGGCGAAAACUUCCCACUGGACUGGCAGCUAUUGGUGCGUCAAUAAUCAGCCUUGGGUUGGUUAUUCCUUCGAUGAACACGCCGUGGUUCACUGGGCCUAUAGGAGCAAGGAUUGGUGAUGUUGGCUUCGAGGCGGCUUUCGUAGUCACUGGGAUUGCUUAUUAUCCUCUUCGAGCUUUAGAGAUCAAGUUGAUGGGUCGUGUUUGA